CUUGUCGCAAACAUGUCAAAGGUCAUUAGAAGCGUGAAGAACGUCACGAAAGGGUACUCGGCCGUCCAGGUCAAGGUUCGCAAUGCAACCAGCAACGAUCCAUGGGGUCCAACCGGAACCGAGAUGGGCGAAAUAGCUCAAAUGACCUUCAAUUCGUCGAACGAGUUCUACGAGAUUAUGGAUAUGCUAGAUAAACGCCUGAACGAUAAAGGGAAGAACUGGCGACACGUGUUGAAGGCGCUGAAGGUGUUAGACUACGCCCUUCACGAAGGUUCGGAAUUAGUUGUCACUUGGGCCCACAAGAACAUCUACAUAAUCAAGACUCUGAGGGAAUUUCAGUACAUAGAUGAAGAUGGGCGAGAUGUUGGACAGAAUGUCCGAGUUUCUGCCAAGGAGCUGACGUCGUUGAUAUUGGAUGAAGAACGGCUACGAAGUGAGCGAAGUGACCGCAAAACCUGGAAGUCGAGAGUUAGUGGUAUCGAAGAGUAUGCUCAACCCCAUGAUCAGCCUCAACGCCGGGGUCGUCCACACCGUGCGCAGCGCGCCGAUGAAGAGGAUGCCGAAUACAAGCUGGCUAUUGAAGCAAGUAAAUUCCAGGAGGAGGAAGACCGAAAGAGGCGGCAGAGUCGAAAUGGCGAACCGGAUGAUGAUGAUCUCGCCAAGGCUAUCAAGUUGAGCAAGGAAGAGGAAGAGUUGCGGAGGAGAGAAUUAGAAGACCAGAAUGCCCACUCUCUUUUCGAUGACGACCCCAUUCAAAUAGCUCAACCCACUGGCAAUCAAGGUUACCAACAACAAGGGCAGGUGGAUUGGUCAGGCAAUCCUAUUGACCCGAACAUGCAACAGCAGACAACUGGCUUUAUGGGGAACAUGUAUACAGGAAUGCCGAACCAGCAGACAGGAUUCCAAAAUGGAUAUCAGAAUGGUCAAUUUGGGGCUCAACCCACAGGCGCCUUUGAUCCUUAUGGAGCUCAGCAGCAGCAACAAUUACAACAGCAACAACAGUUUCAGUCUCAGCAAACGGGCUUUAACCCAUAUCAGCAGCAGCAGCAGCAGCAGCAAAGUUCCGGUCUUUUCCAAGCACAAGCACAGCCAGCCCCUGAACCAUUGAUUCCAGCCAAUACCAACAAUCCUUGGGCUACCAACAGCCAACCAAUGGCUCAAUCCAUUGCGCCAACACCAACAGGGUCGAACAACCCAUUUGCGUCAUCUUUCGGCCACCCUCAGACGAGUCACACUCCUACCAAACCUACACUAUCGACUCUCCAGGAGCAAAAGACUUCAACAUUCAACCCAAUCGCAUCUUAUCAGAACACCAAGCCCCCACCAAAGGAGAUGGAUCCUCACCAAGCCAGGCUCAACGCUUUACUUGCAAGUGGCGAAGGAAUGGAUACAUUUGGUAAUACUGGAGAUCUCCGUAUUCCAUCCCAGCAUACCGCACCUGGAACCUUUGUCAAUAGUGCAGGAGCUGGAGCUGCUAGAUUGACGGAGCAGCAGACCGCAAGCAACCCAUUCCUACAAAGCCAGUAUACUGGGAUGCCUCAGACUUCUUAUGGAGCCAACAACACGAACUCCUUUGGUGCAGGUCAUCAGAUGCCUGCGGCAACAGGACCAGCUGGCAUGUCGAAUGGCUUUGGUGGUGGUGGAUUUGGCGCUCAGCAGUCGAGCAAUCCUUUUGGCGCAAGACCACAAGGACAGCAGAAUGGACAAGGCGAUUUGAUCCAAUUCUAA